AUGUCCACAAUAUCGAAUAUAAAAGAUCGUUGUCGGUUAUGUUAUACAUUAUUAAAAGACACAUUUCAUUAUAAACUUUGUACACAUCAUUUCUACAAUAUUUAUACAUUACGCGAUCUAAUACCAACAGCAUCAUCACCACUACUACCCACUUUUUCAUCAUAUCAUCCUCUUCACCACUGGCACUCUUCAACGAAUCCAUUAUCGUGUAAAAUUCGUUAUCGUGAUUUGAUUGUACAAUAUUUAUGUAUUCAAUUGCCGGAUGAUAUCGAAAAUGAUCAGUAUUCACACAUUAUUUGUUAUUCAUGUUCUGAUUUAUUAAAUAAGCUCUAUUUAACGUACCAAACAUUUUCAACUACACAAAAAUUAUUAUGUUGCAAAUAUCGGAAGACACUGCAAAUUGUUAAUCAACAGCUUCAUUAUUACGAGCUCAAAGUAUUAACAAAAAAAUCCGUGUCAAUAACAGCAAACAUUGUGAAGAGAAAGCGUUCCUACUCAACAUCUGACUUAUUAGUCAAAUCAAAACAAAACGAACAACGCUGUCGUACACAAUCCGUAUCAUUAGCAAAAAUAAGCAAUUUUGAACCGCACGUUUUGUCUUGUAAAGAAAAUUUAGAUUCAUCAUCAAUGGAAUCAGUAAUUUCAAGUGAAACAAUCGUCACGGCAGCAGCACAAACAGAAGCCGCGACAGUGUCGACAACAACGCGUUCAAAACGAAAAAGCGCACCAAAACAUAUUCAAUUAAGUAAUAAUACAAAUAAUGGAGCAAAAAGUCUACAACUGAUCGUUAAAAUGCCAACAACACUACUAAAAACGACACAAGAAAAAAUGACGACAAGAAAUUCACUAUUUCAACAAAAGAUAUUGACAUCAUCAAUAUCAAAAUAUCGAACAAGUCCAAGAAAAAAACUACAUUCAAAUAGUGAUAGUCAUGAUAACAGUACAAGUCAAAAUAAAAAGAAGAAAUUUAAAAAAACUUCAAAAAAAAGUUUUAUUGUCGAACAGUUAGAGAUAAAAAAUGUUAUUGCACAAGCAAACGAGUUAAGCCCAUUAUCUAUGAAAACGAAUGGUGAAGAUAACAAGUCAAGUAUUAAUAAUUAUCGUUGUAUUAAUUUAUUGAAAGAAACAGUGAAAAAGAAUGAUUUAGCUAAUACUAGCAAUUUGUUAUUUAAUGAGCACAACGAUGUUCGAACACCAACAGCAAAUACCACUGAUUAUUAUGAUAGAUCAUCGAUAUCAACAGUUCAAUCACCUCUAAACUUAUCUAAUUCAACAAUCACACUUACAUCGGCCUCAUCUUCCUGUUCAUCUAGUCGUUUAUUAAAUUCAUUCGUUGAUCGUACAAUGAAAGGCAAUCAAAUUGAAAGAAUAGCUGCAUUAUUACUUCCGAAUACAAAUACACUUGAUGGUGAAUCGAACAUAAUGGGCGAUGGAGGAACAGACAAAGAUACGAUACCGUCCAGUAAACAAACUCCAUCAGUUGACAUAGGAGAUAAUACACCUUCAGUAUCUUCCGCAACCUUGUUAGGCAAUCCAUCAAAUCAUAUAAGAACACGUGGUCGACGUAAAUGUGAUAAAAUACCAAUUCUGACGGUGAACAGUUCCAGUUCAAAAACCAGUCCAUCAAUAUGUGUUUCAACAGCACCAACUAGCCUUUUAUCGCCAUCUCCAUCACCAUUACUAUUGUUAUCGUCUCCUCCAUCUACUUCUUUGAGUCCAAGAACCACACCACCACCAGUUCUCACCUCCAUUUCACCAUCAAUCGUUCCAUCAGCACUGAAAUCGACAAGAAAAUCUCCAUCUCCAACGUUAAUAAACGACGAUCAAGAUGAUUCAUCCGUGUCAUCGACGCCAAGUAGCCACAGUAGUUGCAACGAAAGUAUUUCAACAAGAAAAACUGGAUCGCGACAAACAUCAGAUAGCAAACAACAAAAUUUAACGCCAAGUAUUUUAACAACGCCAACAUCGAACGGUUUAACGAUAACAGCGAUUAAUCAAACGGGGCAAAAGCAAAUAUUUAUGGCUAAACAAUUAGGAAAUUUGAAGAAGUAUCAAUGUGGUCUAUGUGAAAAAGUUGUUACAAAUAUUCAAAUACACGUUCGACGUCACACAAAUGAUAAGCCUUACCCAUGUGCAUAUUGUGAGAAAAGAUUUACAAACUCGGGUGAUUUACAAAUUCAUACAAGAAUACACACUGGAGAAAAGCCUUAUAAUUGUCCACUAUGUUUAAAAAGUUAUCGAACAAUUGGAAAUUUCAACAGUCACGUUAAAACCCAUGAUAGUGGUGUGCGUCCACAUCGUUGUGAUAUUUGUAAUUUAACAUUUGAUAUACCAAAAGAUUGGUAUUCACAUUUACGUUCGAGUCAUCGUUCAUUAAUACCGGCAAACUCAUCAAUAUCACCCACAUCAACAACUACUACUGUAACGACAACAAAUGCUCGAAAUUUUCUAAAAAAUUCAACAUCAACUUCCGGUGCAACAACGACAAUAACUCAAUCAUCAUCGGUUCAAAAAGAAACCGAAAUAUUUUUUCCAAAUAAAGUGAAAUUAGAACCAGUCGAUAAAUGCGAUGAAUUGAAUAAUGUUAGCGAUGAAGAAGAGGAGCAAGAAGAAACAGACGAUGAAGAAAUCCAUGAUUUAGAGGAUGAAAAUCAACGAUAUGAUGAAGAACCAUUAAAUUUUUCAAUUAAAACUGAUCAUAAUGAUAUUUUACUAACAUGUAACAAUAAUAUGAAUGACAAUCGUCAUAAGCGAACAAAACGCACAUUAUCAAAACUGGAACCAAAUAAAAAAAUGAGAAAACCAUCAUCACAAUAUGAUAUCAUUGAUGAUCAAUCAACAAAAAAUUUAUUAACAGCACCAUUAAUUCAUUCCUAG